AUGUUUUGGAGAAUGUUUGUGGUGGACGUGGGCUGCACGGGGAACGUGGCGGCCCCAGGCAACCGCCAGCGCCUGAGUCAUCGUGCGUCGCCCACGCUGCAGAGUAGCGGGACCCGGCGCGCCGGGUGUACCAAUCCUAGGUUUGAAGCACCUAUCUUGAAUGCUAGGAUACGAAAGGCAUAUCUACACAAGGAGAGUGAAAUAGCUCUUAUUGGGCCUAAAGUGAAUUUAACAUACGAGUAUGAGCAUUUAGGUGACAGUGCUGAUGUGUUGAAACAGUUGGUGUCAGGACAGCAUCCUUACAGCAAAGUUUUGUCGUGUUCCAAGAGGCCAAUAAUUAUACUUGGUGCAGAUCAGUUGCAGAGGCCAGAUGGUGCGACCAUACUGGCACUAGCACAACAGCUCGCACGGAAUACAGCUACUACCGUAAAGGCACCAGCUGAUUGGAAGAUUCUGAAUGUACUGCACCGUGUAGCAUCUCAGGUAGCUGCUCUUGACAUUGGAUACAAGGCUGGUGUUGAAGAAAUUCGAAACAAUCCACCGAAAGUCCUGUUCUUGUUAGGUGCAGAUGAAGGCACUAUAUCUCGAUCAGAUUUACCUGCUGAUGCAUUUGUAAUUUAUCAAGGCCACCAUGGCGAUGUUGGGGCAUCAAUGGCUGAUGCUAUUUUCCCUGGUGCUGCUUACACUGAAAAGCAGGCAUCUUAUGUGAACACAGAAGGCCGAGCUCAGCAGACACUGGUUGCUGUUACUCCACCUGCUCUUGCAAGAGAAGACUGGAAAAUUAUACGAGCUCUGUCUGAGAUAAUUGGCAAAACUCUACCGUAUGAUAAUCUGAAUGAAAGCAGGCAUCGACUGGAGGAGGUUUCACCAAAUCUGGUUCGGUAUGGCAACGUGGAAGAAGCAAACUUCUUUGUCCAAGCUACAGAACUGGCAAAGAAUGUGAAGACCCAGCUAGAUAGCUUACCUCUUGAUGUGAAGCAGAAAGAGCUUGAAGAUUUCUUCAUGACUGAUUCCAUAAGCAGAGCAUCACCAACUAUGGCGAAAUGUGUCCAGGCUGUCCUCAAACAAAAACAGUCUAAAUAUUAAUUGUGCAACUUUCUUGCUACAGUGUAGUCUGAUUGAAAACAUUAAAUUAUUUCUUAGU